AUGGUUAUGAUGCUUCACUGUCUGCGCGCGCCCCCGUGUGUGUCUGCGCGCGCCUCCGUAUCAGCUGAGCUCGUGCAUGAGCAGAGUACGUGCCGCAGACACCGGAGCAAAAUGGCGGAUCAGGAACGAGGCGAGAGGGUGGACCUGUGGGGGCAGUGCAGUGUGGCGCAGCAGCAGUUACAUGAGGCCAUGGAGCGAGUGCUGAGGACAGAAGAAGAGCUGCAGCUGAACACCACCGAGGUGCGUGGGCAGGUGCAGAGUACCAUGAGUCGCCACCAGGAGGCGCUGCGCUGCAGAGAACUGUGGCUCCUGGAGCAGACGGAGAUCAUGGAACACGUGAAGAGAGACACACUAAGAGAGCAGCUUCUAAACAUGAGCACGCUCAAAGGACAACUGGGCGUGAUCUCAGACCAGCUCUGCAAACAGCCAAUCAGCAACGAGCUACGCAACCACAUGACCCGUCAGCUGACUCCCCUCCUGGACAGUGUGUCCAGACUGACCCUGACCCCGGAGGAGACGCCUGACCUCUGUUUCCAUGGCGACUCCCGCUCUUUACGCAACGCCAUUACUUCAUUUGGAGCGGUGACAUCAUCCAUCCAGAGCCCCGCCCCCAAGAGACAGAAAUUGGAGGGUGGUCUGAGCCAAUGGCUGCUGGGGGCGGAGUCACAGUCUGUCACCCGGGGAUACUGCAGCAACGAGACGCGUGAUUGGUUGCUGACGUGUCCACAGUCGCAGGCCCCGCCCCUGCUGCCCUUUGACCUCUUCAGUUCCUGGGGACAGCUUCUGGACUUGGAGGCGUGGCUAGUGAAGGAGACCAAGCCCCUCUACCCACCUGGUCCCGCCCCUGACGAUAGCCUUGGUAACCGGGGCCGGAGCAUCAGCUGUAGCACUUCUUCCUCCUUCGAGGAGAUCGACCAAUCGGAGCUGAGCACUGAGGACCAGUCAGAGGCCUGGGGGGCGGUGCUUUUGCCCUUUGAUGAGCACUGGGAGAGCUCUGAUUGGCUGAUGCCCCGAGGCAACUGCUCCUCCUGCAAAAGGCCCGCGGAGAAGAUGGAGAUUGAAAACCUGGCAACCGCCCUGAAGUGUCUGAAGACCCACCAGACCCAGGGACCUGCCCGGACCCAGACCCCGGGAGCAACUAAAGACCAGACCCCGGGACCGACUAAAGACCAGACCCCGGGACCGACUAAAGACCAGACCCCGGGACCGACUAAAGACCAGACCCAGGGACCGACUAAAGACCAGACCCAGGGACCGACUAAAGGCCACUGUCCCGCCAAGAUCCCAGAGAAAGACCUGAAGGAGAGCUGUAACUCACACCAGACCAGAGACCAGGAACCGUCUGUCCAGAAGAACCCAAGGAACCCAAGCCCAAAGCAGGGUCGCAACGAAGCCCUGGAGGCGUGGCUUCAGCAGGUGGCGCCGGUCAGCUCCGUGUGCAGAGCCAAUGAGACAUGUUCGUCUCUGAAGAGCUGUGUCUGUGAUGAAAAUUGUGGACGAGACGCACUCAGGGAUUGGCUGCUGCGGAGGGAGGGGCGGGACAAGAACGGGGUCAAGGCCACGCCCACAGAGAAGACCACUCCCACAGAGAAGGGCACACCCCCUGUGAAGAGCAUGCCGCUGACGUUCAUUGAGCGCGAGCAGAAGGUUCAGGCCAUUCUUGAGGCGUGGCUCCACCCUCUCACUUCUAGCCCCGCACCCUCUGUUUUCACGGAGACAGACUGUCCGUUCAGACGCCCUCUACAGGCCGAGCAAUGGGUAGCACCAAAGAAGACAGCCAAUCAGGCACCAGAGCCCAGCACAGGCCCUGCCCCUAGCACAGGCCCUGCCCCCAGCCCAACUGAGGACAAGUGGUUGCUGCGGAAACGCUCCAGCGCUCAGACUCUGCCUGUUGUAUGUGAUCUUUUCUCCUGUAUGAAACUGAACAAAGACACAGAUCUGUGGCUCCGCCCCCCUGAGCAGAUGUGA